CUCAUUCAUCAGUUCCUAUUAGCCCUAUUUGUUCUCACUUUCCAGAGAAACAUCGCAUAUGUGGUAAAUAUGAGAACAUCAUGGAUCAAGGAUCAAAGAGUCCUGUCUAUCAACAUGUGAAUAUCCAAAAGAAGUCUUAUAAAAAUAAUGACCUUGGCAAAAUGCUUUAUGAAUCAUCUCAAGGUAUACCUUAUAACACCAGCGAUACUACAGGAAACCAUCAGAGAAUUCAUACAGGAAAGGAACCUUACAAAUAUGGUGAAUGUGAAAAGUCCUUUGGAUGUAGCUCAAAUCUUGGAACACAUCCGAAAUCUCAUAAAGGACAGAAACCUUACAAAUGUAGUGAAUGUGAGAAGUCAUUUACACGUAAUUCAACUCUUAAAACUCAUCAGAAGAUUCAUACAGGAGAGAAACCUUAUAAAUGUAAUGAAUGUGAGAAGUCAUUUACAUGUAAUUCAACUCUUAAAACUCAUCAGAAGAUUCAUACAGGAGAGAAACCUUACAAAUGUAGUGAAUGUGAGAAGUCAUUUGCAUAUAGUUCAGUUCUUAAAACUCAUCAGAAGAUUCAUACAGGAGAGAAACCUUACAAAUGUAGUGAAUGUGAGAAGUCAUUUGCAUAUAGUUCAGUUCUUAAAACUCAUCAGAAGAUUCAUACGGCAGGGAAACCUUACAAAUGUAAUGAAUGUGUGAAGUCAUUUACAUGUAGUUCAACUCUUAAAAAUCAUCAGAAGAUUCAUACGGGAGGGAAACCUUACAAAUGUAAUGAAUGUGUGAAGUCAUUUACAUGUAGUUCAACUCUUAAAAAUCAUCAGAAGAUUCAUACGGGAGGGAAACCUUACAAAUGUAGUGAAUGUGUGAAGUCAUUUACAUGUAGUUCAACUCUUAAAAAUCAUCAGAAGAUUCAUACAGGAGAGAAACCUUACAAAUGUAGUGAAUGUGAGAAGUCAUUUACAAAUAGUUCAAAUUUUAAAACUCAUCAGAGAACUCAUACAGGAGAGAAACCUUACAAAUGUAGGGAAUGUGAGAAAUCCUUUGGAUCUGGCUCAACUCUUAUAAAACAUCAGAGAAUUCAUACAGGUGAGAAACCUUACAAAUGUAGGGAAUGUGAGAAAUCCUUUACAUAUAUCUCACAUCUUAAAAGACAUCAGAUACUUCAUACAGAAGAAAAACCUUAUAAAUGUAAUGAAUGUGCAAAGUCCUUUGCAUGUACCUCAAAUCUUCAGUCACAUAAGAAAAGCCAUACGGAAAAGAAAUCUUACAAAUGUAGUGAAUGUGAGAAAUUCUUUAAAUAUAGAUCAGGUCUUAGAAGUCAUGAGAGAAUUCAUAGAGGAGAAAAACCUUACAAAUGUUGGGAAUGUGAGAACUCCUUUUCAAGUACUUCAGAACUUAGAAUACAUCAGCAACUUCAUAUAGGAGAGAAACCUUACAAAUGUAGUGAAUGUGUGAAAUCAUUCGUAUGUGCCUCAACUCUUAAAAAACAUCAGAGAGUUCAUACAGGAGAGAAACUUGUAGCUAAUGCCACUAAUGCUUUAGCUAGCAGACACAGCUAA